AUGGACCAUAGAGACCCCGAAGAGGACCCAACGUCAGACUAUGGAGAUUCAAUAGCAACCUCCGAAUUUACUUCAGUUAAUACCAGGGAACUUUACUCGUACGAACAUGGAAGGCGGUAUCAAGGCUUUCUCUGUGGUCGUUAUGGCCUACCAAACGACGAUGCUGAGCAGGUUCGCGAGGGCCUGAAGCAUAAGCUGUACCUGGAUUAUCUCCUCGACGGAAAGCUAUUUCUGGCCCCCAUCGGGAACAACCCGCAAAAGAUUGUUGAUCUUGGUACAGGUGUUGGCAUGUGGGCCCAAGACGUCGCAGAAAACUUUCCCAGCGCACGAGUUAUAGGAUGUGAUCUUUCACCCAUCCAACCGCAUUGGACGCCGCCCAACGUUGAAUUUCGAGUAGAAGAUCUCGAGGAUGAAAAUCGUCCAUGGACAAGAAUAUAUGAUGAUGCAGAUUUAAUUCAUGUCAGAGCCUUGUUACAGACCUUGCGAAAACCGAGACAGCUAUUAGAAAGAGCUUUUGACUCAUUCAAUGCUGCUAGAAAGCUGAAACCAGGUGCUUGGAUUGAAAUCCAUGAAAUUGUUCCCUUUGUCUUCUCUGUUGACGGUACUGCCGGAGAUGAUCAUCCUAUGAACCAGUUCUACCGCCUUGUCGAGGGUCCCUUUACAACGAUAUAUGGUUGGAACCUACGCUUUCCAUUCCAGAUCGUUGAAGCGCUGCGUGACGUUGGAUUCAUCAAUGUCAAUGAACGCCAUUCAUACACACCUGUUGGCCGAUGGCACCAGGAAGCGAAAAUGCGAGAAAUGGGAAUUUUCACCCAAAAUAUCCUUGAGGAAUGGGUCACGGCAAUGCUCGGCCGUCCGGACAUCAUGGGAGUCACAGAAGAAGAGGCCUAUGAGCUUGGGCACAGCGUAUUCGAAACCUUCAACAACACUCGCAUUCACGCACAACUCGACUGGAUUGAUUGCUGGGCGCAGAAGCCACUUUCAUAG